UACCAACUCACACCACAUCCACCGCCACCGCCACCGCCACUGCCACCCACGUUUGCACUCCGGCGAGGCGACCCGCGAAGAUGCAGAUCUUCGUCAAGACGCCGUCGGGGAGGACGAUCACGCUCGAGGUCGAGGGCGGCCUCGACAUCGCCGACGUCAAGGCCAGGAUCGAAGACAAGGAAGAUGUGCCACCGGAUCAGCAGCGCCUCAUCUUCGCAGGGAAGCAGCUGGAAGAAGGCCACACGCUGGCGGACUAUAACAUCCACAAGGAGUCCACGCUUCACCUCGUGCUCCGCCUCCACGGCGGCAGGGGCGGCAAGGGAGGAACCUACCCCAAAAUCGAGCCCAACCUCCUUCAGCUCGCCCUCAAGUACAGGCAGCUUAAGCUCGUCUGCCGCAAGUGCUAUGCACGCCUUCCCCUCAGGUCUGCCAACUGCCGUAAGAAGAAAUGUGGCCACUGCAACGAGACGAGGACGAAGAAGAAGCUGAAACCCAGGGACCCGUGAAGCACUGCACUGGCCAGCAAGAGAAAGAAAGCGAUACCCAAGUGUCACGCACCAGCUGAAUCUGCCUUACCGUCUCCUUAUAUUAGCUUAAUGAUGAAUGACACCGAACUAGCUUCUUGUUACUGCUAGUACCUUUUAAGUUCCUGCUGCUACUGGGUUUAAACACCCUAAAUGCGUACUCUUGCGGAAUAGUACUGUUGCAUGAUGGGUUAUGUGAUACUCUGGAUGGUGAUGCAUUGACAUCGCAGUGCUUAAGGGAAAUGCUAGUUACAAAUUCC